AUGAUGCCACGUCAAGGAAAAAAGCGUAAACUUAAAAAUGAUGAAUCGUCACCACCUUCAAAAAAAGCUUCACAUAAUGAUGAUCAUGCUAUUAUUGAAGCUGCAACUAUCUCAGCAGCACCAACAGCUAAACAACUCGAUCCUAAACAGCGACAACGACAAGCUAUGGCCUACAAAAAUUUUCUUAAUCGAGGUGGACCAGAUGCACCUGGUUCGAAAGAAAUUCCUCAAGGUGCUGAUGGAUGUCUUAAAUCAUUAACUUUUGUUAUUACUGGUGUUUUACCAUCAUUAGAACGUGACGAAUGCACAAAGAUUAUUCAAUAUUAUGGUGGUCGUGUGACAACUGCAGUUAGUGGUAAAACUGAUUAUCUUAUUGUUGGACGUGAUGCUGGAAAAACUAAAACUGAUAGAGCUGAAAAAUUACGAAUUAAAAUUAUUUCAGAAGAUAAUUUACUUGAAAUGAUUCAAACACGACCAGGAAAUACGAACGUAAAUAUUAAACCAACUUUUAUUAAAAAGCCGGCAUCGGAUGAAAAUAACUCACCUGUAUCUAUUCCAUUAUCAAAAUUAAAAUUCUAUAAAUCAGAUGAUGGUAUUUUAUGGGCUGAUAAAUACAAGCCAACAUCAUUAGGUCAAAUUGUUGGACAACAAACUGAUAAAUCAUCAAUGAAAAAACUUAUCUAUUUUUUGACUAAUUGGCAUACAUGGCAUGCUAAACCAACAACUAAUAAAAGAAAGAAAACAGAAGCUAUAUCAUCAACUGAUCCAUCUCAAUUCAAGGCUGUUUUACUCACUGGUCCGCCAGGAGUAGGAAAAACGACAACGGCUCAACUUGUGUGCAAAGCAUUAAGUUUACCAUACAUUGAACAAAAUGCAUCCGAUAAUAGAUCACGAAUAACGAUGAAAAAAAUCGAAAUCAAUUCAGCUCUACUUACUGAUCACUAUCAAGCAAUGAAUAAACAUGUAUUGAUCAUGGAUGAAGUUGAUGGUGUAACAGGAAAUGAAGAUCGAGGUGGUAUUCAAGCAUUGAUUGAGCUUAUUCAAACAACACGAAUUCCGAUAAUAUUUAUUGCUAAUGAUCGGCAAGCUGUUAAAAUGCGUACACUAAUAUCACAUUGUUACGAAAUAAAAUUUGAACGACCAUCAUUUUUGAAUGUGAAAUCAUUUAUACUUGAUAUAUGUUCACGUGAACAUAUUCAUAUUUUACAUUCAUCACUGGAUAAUUUAAUCAAUGGUUGUAAUCGAGAUAUUAGAAAAAUUAUUCAUUCACUUCAUUUAUAUUAUAAAGAAUCAUCAUCAACAGUAUCAACUGUAGUCAAUGUCGAAAAAGCAUUAUCAACAAGUCCAUUUGAUGCUUGUAUGAAAAUGUUUUCUUCGUCGAAUAUUAGUUUAAUUGACAAAACAAAUCUUUAUUUUUAUGAUUCCUCAUUUUUACCAUUACUAAUACAAGAUAAUUAUAUUCGUGUUGUUCCAUCGAUGACGAGCAAACGAAAACCAAUUGGUACACGGCAACGUAUCGAAUUGAUUUCAAAAGCAGCCGAUAGUUUGACGUUUGGUGAUGUUUGCUCAAAAUUGAAUUUUACUAAUGGAAGUCGAUCAUUAAUAGGCUAUCAAUCAAUGUUUUCUGGUGUAAUUCCAACAACAUAUCUUAAUGGUACAUUAAAUGCUGUUCAAUUUCCUGCUUGGUUCGGUUUCAUGCAGCAAGAAAAGAGUACUGAUCGUCAUCUAAUUGAACUUGAAACGCAUUGUUCAUUAAAAACCAUGACAAUCGAUCGGAAAGAGUUUAAUCUUGAUUAUCUUUCUGUUUUGAAUUUUUUAUUGAAUCAUUAUUUACACAAAAAGAAUAUUAAAGCUUGUCUUGAACUGAUGAAUAACUAUUAUUUAAACUCCGAUGAUUUACAAUUGAUUUUCUCCAUGACUUCUUAUCGAAAGUUAAAUUUACAUAACAAUGAGCUUGAUACUAAAACAAAAACAUUAUUAACAAGAUCAUUAGAAAAACAACAUCAUCGUACACCUUUUAAACAAAUUAAUAUUAAUAAUAUAAAGCCUGGGUUGGUGGGCGCCCGAGAAGAUGAUGAUGAUUAUAAUCUGACAAUAUCCGAUGAUGAUAAUAAAGAGAAUAUUAAUCCUGAAAGCGAAAUGAUUAAAUCCAUGAAACCCCAUCCAAAACGACGAAGAAAAAAAUAA